CAUGGUUACCAAACGACACCGGAACAGGAAGUGGGUCUAAGCUGCUGUUUUCGGUAUAGUAAAUUAGAACCCCCAGGAGCAGAAAACGGGAGCCUUACAGAUGGCGUUGCCCACACUCCCAUCUCACUGGCACAGUAGAAGCCGUGCUUUGGAGCGACAGAUCGUGCGUCAGAGGGAACAGGAGGCUCGAUUUCGUCAUGAGUGGGAUCUCACAAACCGAUACUUUAAGCAGUCCAGCAUGUGUAGCAGUAAGCAGGCACAGUGGAGCUCUCGGCAGUCCUACCAGCAGAGUAUGAAUGCCUACCACCGGGAGAUGCAGAAAGAGGAGAAAAAGAAGAACUUGGAACGGAGAAGGGAAGAACUGCGCAAACUAUUGCAAGAGGAACGGGAUUUGCUGGAGGGAGAGCUGCAGGAGCUUCAUCAGAACAAGGAGCCUGUUAUCAGGGAAAUGAGGGAGAGGACAGAGGAGCUCAAGUCUGCUAGAGAGGAGAGGAGAAAGCAGCUUGCGGAGGAGUUAUUGUAUGAGCGAUGGAAGCAGAACAAUGUGAAACUACGUGAGAUUGAAUCCAGUUUGCAUAAAAAAUAUGUGGUUGAUGCUUGGGGAGAGCAGAUUACUGAACGAAAUCAGGAAAAAGCAGAAGAGGAGGAAACGAAAAAGAUCUAUGAAAACCAAUAUGAGCUUGCCAGGCAAGAAGCUCUAGAGAGAAUGAAAAUGGAGGAGGAGAGACGCAGACAAAUGGAGAAGGACCGUGUUGAGGUUCUCCGGCAACAAAUGGAGGAACUUAAACUGAGAGAGCUGGAGGCAAACAUGUUGAAAAAGAAACAGGAUGAUUUGCUGAGACAACAGUGGGAGGUAGAAGAGCUACAAGAAGAAAGGAGAAAGAUUGAGGAACGCAGGAAGAAGAUAGAGCUUGGUCACUUUUUAAACCGUCAGUACAAUGCACAGAUGAAGAGACGAGCUAAAAUGGUGCAAGAAGAACUGGAGAUGGAUAUGCAGAUUCUAUCUGCGCUCAUCAGCAAGGAGGACAAUGAGCAGCACCUGCGAUCAGCCAGACGGGAGCAGGCUGCCGCUGACGCUGCCUGGAUGAAGCGGGUCAUUGAAGAGCAGUUGCAUAUAGAAAGGCAGCGAGAGGCAGAGCUGGAUACACUUUUCAGAGAGGAAGCCAAACAAGUGUGGGCAAAAAGAGAAGCAGAAUGGGAAAGAGAGAGGAAUGCGCGGAAUCGCCUGAUGAAAGAGGUAUUAUCAGGAAGGCAGUUACAGAUCCAGGAACGGAUAGAACAGAACAAGCUUGCUCAAAAGGAGUCGCUGAAGGCACGACAGGAGCUCAUCAACGAGCUGGAAUUGGUCAAGCAGUUGACAUCGAGGGAAAAAGAAGCAGAGGAGGCCCAGAAAACGGCCCGUAGAUUAGAGCUGGAGGCACAGAUUUCUGAGCGGCGCUUAGAAGAGACGAAGGCAAGGCUGCAACUAGAGGAAGAGGAGAUAGAAACUAAAUUGGCAGAAGAUGAGGAAAAUGACUUGCUGCAGCAAGAAGCAGGAAUCAUGACCCAGAGAGGCUAUCAGAAUAAGGUUUUUAGUCGCCCCAGAAACGCUUGGACAUGACAAAAGAACUGUGAUGACCGAUAGAAGGAAAAAGAAAGCUCUUCCUCUGAAGUGAUUGCAACAUAAGUUUGUGAUGUAUAUUUAAUUUUUUGUUCACCAUGAAAAUGACAAGGUGGCCAGAUGUACAGUUAAAUCAAGUUGCUUACUUAGUGUCCAACCUGC